AUGAAGUCAGUUUUGAGUCUACCCAUGUUCAUAAUACACUUGAUCCUUCUAUUCUCUUCUUUUGAUCUUGUAGUUGCUGCUGCUGCUUCUUCUAUACAGCCCCUAUGUCAUGAUGAUGAGAGCUCUGCCUUGUUGCAAUUCAAGGAAAGCCACAUCCUUGACAGUUCUGUUUCUGAUGAUCCAAAUGCAUAUCCAAAGGUUAAAUCUUGGAACGUUAAUGGUGGUGAUUGUUGCUCGUGGGAAGGCGUUGAAUGCGAUCAGGCCAGUGGUUAUGUGAUUAACCUUGACCUAAGCAGUAGCCGGCUUUAUGGUUCAAUCAAUUCCACUUGCAGCCUGUUUCGCGUUGUUCAUCUUCAGAGACUCAAUCUAGCCGAUAAUCACUUCAAUCAGUCCAUAAUUCCUCCUGAAGUGGGUGCUUUUUCGGGGUUGAACUACCUCAAUCUUUCUCGAUCUUCCUUUUCUGGUCAAAUUCCAGUAGAAAUCUUGAAAUUGUCAAACUUAGAGUCACUUGAUCUAUCAGGAAAUGCGUUGCAGCUCAGAAAUCCAGGCUUGGGAAGUCUAGCUGCCAUGUUAACUCACUUGAAGCUACUUCAUUUAGGUGGAGUUAACGUAUCUUCUUUCGUUCCUCAUAGCCUGGCAAACUUUUCUUCUUUGAAAUCUCUAGAUCUUGAAGAUUGUGGCUUGUAUGGAGAAUUUCCCGCAGGAAUUUUCCAUCUGCCCAGUCUUCAACUUCUCAGCAUACAGUCUAAUCUUUUUCUCACAGGAUACUUGCCAGAAUUUAACCAAAGCAGCCCUCUCGAAUUGCUUUUUGUUGGGAACACCAGCUUCUCUGGUAAUCUACCAUAUUCACUUGGUAGCCUUAAGUCCUUGAAUCAGCUGGAUGCAAGUCGGUGCCAGUUUUCAGGUUUAGUUCCAUAUUCACUUGCAAACCUGACUCAGCUAACUUACCUCUCACUUGCCUUUAAUAACUUGAGCAGUUGGAACUUGUCUUGGCUUGGUAAACUAACCAAACUCUCUUACUUGGAUUUAGUUGAAACUAAUUUAUAUGGAAACAUCCCAUCCUCAUUUCAGAACCUGACCCAGCUCUCCGCAGUACGAGUUCAUAGGAAUCUACUGACAGGUCGAUUUCCAUCUUGGCUAGGGAACCUUACCCAGUUAACACAAUUGCUACUUUCAAAAAAUAACAUGCACGGUCCCCUCCCAGAGUCAAUCUCUAAGCUCACCAAUCUUAAACAAAUUGAACUAUUUUCCAAUUCCUUUAAUGGCACUCUAGAAUUUGACAUGUUUCUAAACAUGAAAUCCCUCUUGGACCUCCAGUUAAGUAGAAACGAUUUGUCAGUAGUUUUAAAUCGUAAAGUGAAUGCCACUUUUCCAAAGUUGAAGCUUUUAGGACUAGGUUCCUGUAAUUUGACUGAAUUCCCAAACUUUUUGCGCGGCCAAGAUCAAGUGAGCCUUUUAUUCCUUGAUGGCAACAACAUUCAUGGCAAGAUUCCCAAAUGGAUGUUGAAUGUAAGCAAGGAAACUCUUGUGUUUUUACAAUUGGAUAACAACUUUCUAACAGGUUUUGAGGAACCUCCAGCAAUUCUUCCCUGGGUCAGUCUAAAGUAUUUGUCCCUUUCAUGUAACAAUCUGCAAGGUCCAUUACCAAUUCCACCAGCUUCUGUGGCUUAUUAUGACUUUUCAAACAACCAGUUGACAGGGGAAAUUUCAGAAAUGAUCUGCAAUUUAACUUCUAUUUUAUUCCUUGAUUUGUCGAACAACAUUAUUAGCGGCAUACUUCCGCAGUGUUUAGGUUACCUGGGCAAUUCUUUGUCAGUACUAAAUCUACGGAACAAUAGCAUUGGCGGCUCCAUCCCUCCAACAUACUAA